AUGGGGUUUCAGAACUCUGUAUCCCAGAGUGCCUUGCCCUUGGCCAUCCAGGAAAGGGAACGGCCGCCAGCCUAUCCCAAUGAGGAGGUGUGCUCAGCGUCUUUACCCCACAAAGCCGUGACCCAGGGUCAGCUGUGUACGUAUGGGGAUAGCUUGCUACGCAAGCUUGCAGUAAUGCCUGCUCCAGUGCAGAUAGGCAGACGGACAGACGGCAGGACGGAUACACGGGUGGGGGCUGUGCUAGGCGGCUCGGCGGCAGGCUGGUGGAAGAUGUCGUCAGGAGCCGGCGGGAGGGGCGGAAGGCGGCUCAGAGGGACAACAAGUGGCGGGGGUGGGGGAGGGAGAGGAGGGUCAGGAGAGGCAGAGGAAGGUCCUGUGGGGAUCCCUUUCCCUGAACACAGUGCAGACGUCCUGGGCGGCCUGAACAAGCAGCGGCUCAGUGGGCUGCUGUGUGACGUGCUCCUGGUCACCCAGGACCGGGAGUUCCCAGCCCACCGCUCCGUCCUGGCAUCCUGCAGUUCCUACUUCCACAAGCUCUUCACAUCAGGGGCUGCUGCAGACCAACAGAACAUCUACAACAUCGACUUUGUGGCAGCAGAAGCUCUGGGAGCUUUGCUGGACUUUGCCUACACAGCCACAUUGACAGUCAGUCACAGUAGUGUGGCUGACAUCCUUGCUGCUGCAUGCCUCCUGGAAAUCUCACCAGUCCAGGAUGUCUGUACACACCUGCUGGACACCAAAGUGCUCUCCCCGCCGGCGGGCAGUGAGCGAAGAGAUGAAGAUGAAGACGAAGAGGGAAAAGGCAGAGGAGGCAAGGAGCAGGGGAACCGGGUGCGGGCUCGGGAAUACCUGGAGUACUUCCAGAGAGGGGCGCACUGGAGCAGUAGCUGCAGCACGCCAGAGCUCAGGGACCUGCCCACACAACUGCACUUUAAUCAUGGUAAUGGGAGCGCCCGCAGCAAUGGGGCUCCUGCUGGCCCCAGUGAGUACUACUCCCCCCUGGCACUUGCCUUGUCCCAACCCGCUGCACACGAACCAGAGGAGGAGGAUGAAGAUGAAGAGGAAGAUGAGGAUGGAGAGGCGGUGCAGGGCAACGGAGCAAUCCUGGGGUCAUCAUACUAUCCUCCAUCUCAAAAUGGACACUUCUACCUCCCCCCUGAGUCUCAGCAGGGGCAGGAGACAGAAGUGGAGGACAGUUGUAGGGAGGUUAUGGUGAGAGAGAGGGGUUCAGCCAGUGCCCUCCUACAGCAAAUGAUGGACUCCAUCGAGAGGCAGAAGGAGCGUGCAACAACAGGGGAGGAACAGGGAGAUGGGGACGAUCCCGACAUGGAAUUUUACUUGAAUUAUUUUAGCAGCGCACAGCAUGAGGAUACAGCUUCUGCUGCUGUAACCCAGGGAGUGCCGUCGCUAUGGUUGUCACGAGGCAGUACAGGCCAAAACAGAGGAGGAGAGAGGGGGGUUGGAGAGAGAGGCAGUGGAAGUGGAGGAGGUGGUGGAGAGAGGAAGAUGCGCUCUAAGGCCUUCCAGAAGUGCCCCAUAUGCUCGAAGGUCAUUCAAGGUGCAGGCAAGCUACCCCGCCACAUCAGAACGCACACGGGAGAGAAACCCUAUGAAUGCGCCAUCUGCAAAGUGCGCUUUACCAGACAGGACAAGCUUAAGGUUCACAUGCGGAAGCAUACAGGAGAGAAGCCUUAUCUGUGUACACAAUGUGGAGCUGCCUUUGCUCACAACUACGACCUGAAGAACCACAUGCGUGUACACACUGGCCUGCGUCCCUAUCAGUGUUCAAGCUGCUUUAAGACUUUUGUGCGCUCUGAUCACCUACACCGCCACCUCAAGAAGGAUGGCUGCAAUGGCAUCCCCUCCCGUCGUGGUAGAAAACCUCGAGUGAGAGAGCCAGGACUUCUUGAGGCCCCCCAAGGCCUGCAGAGCCCCAGCUCCGACACCGGGCCUGGGCCUCACACCAUCAGGGGACGGAGGCGCUCUGAAGCAUCCUCAGCAGCAGAGGUGGAGGCUGCUGCUGGAGCACAUGCACACAGUCCUCAGCUGCAGGACCUAGCAGGGCAGGCAGGGCCCUGAAAAUGCAGGAGCGACAAGGACACUGCUGGACACAACCGUCACUCUGCACCGCCUGUGAAACGGGCUACUGAACAGAGAGGAGAAAAACAUGCAAAGGCUAUUUGAAAAAAGAAAAAAAAAGAAAAAAAAAGACUUAACAACUAACUAUUCCUCUAUAAACCAAAUCAGGGUGUCACAAAAAUCUAAUCUUUAUAUUUCUUUCUCUUUUUCUUUAGGAAACAGAG